UGCCGCACGGUGGACGCCUAUGCACUUCUGCUGAGACACCAGCAGCGAGCAGAGAGUGCGGUCUCCUCACACGCAGCUCAGCCUUGUGACAUCCUCAGCUCCUUCUGGGAGACGAAAAACUACUCCUUUCGGAUAAGCCGUCUUCUCAUCAGGCGUGUUUAUGGUUUGGACUGAAGAUCUCGCCAUGUCUCGCACCGACGAGGUCCACCGCAUUACGGAGAAUGUCUACAAGACAAUCAUGGAACAGUUCAAUCCCUGCUUGCGAAAUUUCGUUGCCAUGGGGAAGAACUAUGAGAAGGCCCUCUCCACUGUGACGUUUGCUGCCAAGGGCUACUUCGACGCUCUGGUACGGAUGGGGGAGCUGGCCAGUGAGAGCCAGGGAUCCAAAGACCUAGGGGACGUGCUCUUUCAAAUGGCCGAGGUCCACCGGCAGAUUCAAGUGCAGCUAGAGGAAAUGCUGAAGUCCUUCCACACUGAGCUGCUUUCAGAGCUGGAGAAGAAAGUGGAGCUGGACGCUAGAUACCUGACUGCGGCUCUGAAGAAGUACCAGAUGGAGCACAAGAGCAAAAGCGAGAGCCUGGAGAAGUGUCAGGCUGAGCUGAAGAAGCUGCGUAGGAAGAGCCAGGGCAGCAAGAACCCAUCCAAGUACAACGACAAAGAGCUGCAGUAUGUGGAGACCAUCAGCAGUAAGCAGAGUGAGCUGGACACCUUUAUUGCUGAGGGCUACAAGACGGCUCUGUCGGAGGAGCGCAGGAGAUAUUGCUUCCUGGUGGACCGUCAGUGCGCCGUAGCCAAGAACAGCAGCGCCUACCAUGGCAAGGGCAAGGACCUGCUCACCCAGAAGAUUCCAGUGUGGCAGCAGGCCUGUUCUGACCCAAACAAACUGCCAGAGAGGGCCAUGCUGCUGGUCCAGCAGAUGGCAUCCGGGUCCAGCACCCUCCUGUCCAGCCCCCUGCACUCUUCCAAGGGCAAUCUGGUCAUCUCUGAUCCCAUCCCUGGAGCCCAGCCCCUGCCCGUGCCCCCUGAGCUGGCCCCCUUCAUAGGCGGUGGUCUGGGUCACCAGGGGAGGCUGAUGGGGCCUGAUGGCAUGUCUCUGGUCAAUGGGACGACAGGCUUGCAAGGGGAGGAUUACUGGGGAGAUGGGGGCGUGUCUCAGGGAAGACCUGCCUCCCCACAGCCCCAGUCCCAGCCUCAACCACAGAGACAGGUCAGCGACGUUUACUCCAACACCCUGCCCGUCCGCAGACCCCAGCCUGCCAAGAACAAGGCCUCUGUGGGUGAGACACGGACUCUGCCCAGGUCCAGCUCAAUGGCAGCAGGGUUGGAGAAGAAUGGGCGCUCACGUGUGCAGGCCAUCUUUUCCCAUGCUGCUGGUGACAACAGUACACUGCUUAGCUUCACUGAGGGUGACAUCAUCACACUCCUGGUGCCUGAGGCUCGAGAUGGCUGGCACUAUGGAGAAAAUGAGAAGAACAAGAUGCGAGGCUGGUUCCCCUUCUCUUACACAAGAGUGCUACCUGACAGCGACAAUGACAAGCUAAAAGUGAAUCUGCAUCAUGGAAAGAGCAGCAGCACGGGGAACCUGCUGGAGAGAGACGACACGUCUCUGCCCAUGCCUGACUACGGCCUGACUGCCCGUCUGCUGGCCCAGAGCCUAACACAGAACCGCCCACGCCCGUACAGCAUGGCUGGCUUCACACAGCCAGCGAUUGAGGAUUAUGACAGUCAUUUUGCCGCAAGUUUGGGUCCUGAAUUGUCCCGGUUCUGAGUGUGCAGGACCUCCUGACCGCUCCCUGGAGGUCUACCUCAGAUCAAACAUGAUGGAUGACCGCACCGCUCCUCUCUUCUACUAGAGUGGCCUGCGUAUGGCCUGUGCUCUGCCGCCCUCUUCUGUUCUGUGGUUGUUGGUGCAACAGCACACACAAGCUUAAGACUCUGGGGCCGGUAGGGAUACAGGCCCGGAAUGCUCCUGGAUCUAAGGAUUACACUUUUUUUUUUUUUUUUUUUUUUUUCAUAUUAGCUUCAUAAAUAUUGUAUAGUGAGAAAUUUUUUUGUGUAUAUAGUGAUAUCCACAAAUGCCACCUUCAUUCAGAGCCUCAGACAAGGGGCGCUAGCUGUAUCUGUGGGGAACUUUUUAUAGAUCAGUGCUCUUAAUUAUUCCAUGAUUAUUAUGUACAAUUUUGUGAUUUGCUUAGGUUUUGAUUAAAAAAAACUAAUAAUAAAAUAGGGGGAAAAAAUCUAAAAUUGAGUUGUGAAAGGAUGGCUUAUUCUUUGUCAAAAAUAGGUUAAAAGUUAAAGGAAUAGCUUGUCCACACAUGCUGAUGUGGCUAGCAGUGAAUGGACGUUAGUAGCCACCAGCCAGCGUCAUUUUAUUAUCCAUAAUGCUAAAUAGUGGAUAUUAGUUUUCAUCUGUUUCUAGUAACAGCAUUUUUGACCAAACCAUUUAUUUCAUUUAUUUAUAUGUUCCUUUUUGUUUCAUUCAUCAUUUGGAUUUAAUCACAGUAGGCCUUAGCCUUUCACAUCUUUAUUUUGCCAAUGGGUAAUGACCUUGGAUUUGUAGAAGAUCACUGUUAUUAAGGCUGUCUCUCCCCAUGCCUCUGCCCCACCAGUCUUUCAAGUAGGAAGUUGCUGUAAAUAGAGUCUUCAAUAUGUUAAACCUCCAGUUGGAGACAUUAAUAUGUCAGACUCUCUGUAACAAAUAUUUAGCCAUGCUGUCUCAUCUAAUGCUUCAAUAUAAAGCUCUGGCAGUCCCUUUGUAUGUUCCCUGGCUGGGAAAGCUUGUAUAAAAUGUGAUCCAUAGGCAAUGAGCACCAACAGGGAUUUGUGCCUUCUACUGCUCUAGGCUGUAGUGUUGCAGCUGUGAGGAAAAUCCACAUGCUCAUGUGCAAAGGGGAAAAAAAAAAUCAGAUUUUGUAUUGUUUGCUUAUUUUUUGUUUGUGUUGAUCAUAGGUAAUAUAACACUAUUGAAACAAUGUUUUGUUGCUUACAAACAAUCAGUUUUAACUGUUGUACUUUUUUUUUCUCUCUCUCUCUCUCAGAUGAAUUGUUUUAGUUCAGAAUUAGAUUUAUGGGGCUAAAAUGCACACAUACUUGCUUACAAAAUAUGGUUAGUGUAAAUACAAUCUCUUUUCCAAACAAAAAUAUUAAGUACAUGUCAAUAUUAAUCAAAAAAAUGCACAUUCUUAUCUUUAUAUCAGAACUGUUCUCUAGGCUUAGCACUGGUACCUUAAAACCUGUACUAUGUAAGAUUUGAACUCGCGCCUAUGAGCUCCAUUUAAUAACUAGUGUUGGUUGUAAUGAAUGUUUCGCAGCAUUUCUGUUUCUGUGGUUUUUUAUUUUAUUUUUUUUCUUAUAAUGCACAGGACACAUCUUGUUGUGUCUAUGCUGUCAAAGAUGCUUACUACGAUAGUUUAGAUGUAGAAAUGCUGCAGUUGACGCAAUGACUGUACCUCCUGUUUAAAAAAAAAAAACAAUGCCCUGUUGUCACCAGUUCAGUUUGUUGCGUUUAUCCACAUGAGCCAACAUGAUAGAGCUUAGACGUAAGACUACUGCAGCAUUCAGUUGGAUGCUUCUAGUUUAAAUCCUACAUAGUAUAACAUUCAUGUACUUGUAGUGUCUCCUGGCCUCACUUGAGAGUUUACAGCUAGACAGGAAACCAAGUUGUCAUGUCUGUUUGGAAAUGUGUGGUAUUGACUGGACUGAAUUGGGAGAAUGUGUGCGCGUGUGAAAAGUUGAAAUGGGCCAACAUUUUUGUGAGAUGUCAGAUUUGUAUUGGCUUUUUGUCUUUGUUCUGUUCACUCUUAUUUAUGUUCCUGCAUUUUACAAGUAAAUACUUUUGUCUUUUGUGAAAUAAAAUGGAUGAAAGCAA